AUGGGUUCAUCAAUAUCAUUUCCUGAAGUAGAAAUAUCUCCAGAAAGAACAUAUUUAAUAACAGGUGGCAAUUCAGGUAUUGGAUACAUUGCUGCCAGAGAAAUAGCUCGUAUGGGCGGUCAUGUUAUUAUUGCUUGUAGAAAUAUGGUAAAAGCCGAUGCGGCCAUAAAACGAAUGCAAGAAGAAUAUGAAGAACAUUUAACAUCGAAACAGUCCCCAGCUGAUAUUUCAGAACUUAAGAAGUUAAACAUUGAGAAAAUGGAAUUAGAUUUGGCAUCAUUUGCAUCUACCCAACGCUUCAUAGAAACGUUCAAAGCUCGAAAUUGUGCUUUAGAUGUUUUGAUUUGUAAUGCAGGAGUUGUAACUGACAAGGAAAUUACAGAAGAUAACCACGAGUUGAUGUUACAAGUCAAUUUUCUAUCUCAUUUCAUUAUAACUGUACAUUUAUUACCCAUUUUACUGAAAUGUGGUGAAGACAGUAGGGUUAUGUCAAUGUUUUGGUUAAACAGACAUUUAAAAGAUAAAUCAGUUUCUAUAAUAAGUUUACAUCCAGGUUUUGUUGAUACCCAAAUGACCCGGCAGAAUAUAUAUUCUAAGUAUUUCGUAUCAGGUUUUGCCAAAAAGGCUGUUGAUGGUGGUGCUACAACUAUAAAAGCUGCAGUAGACCCAAAUUUACAAGGUCAAUCAGAUAUUUAUCUUGAUUUAUGUAAAAUUAAAUCUCCAUCAAGUCUAUCCAGGUUGGUGAAAAACUGCUCCAUGAGAGAAUCUCAGUAG